ACGGCUCAGCAUGGCAUUCUCGAUGUACUGAUGAUCUUGUGCUAUGCCGUGGCAGAGAAACCAAGGGGGAGAGGGAACAGAACAAGGAGGACAGAAGUGAAUUUCGAACAAGACCUCACCUCCGAUGCCUCAAACAAAACGUACAAGCUCGAGAUAUUUCUCAAUUCUCUGCGAGCCCAGAGGUAAAGACCAACCACCGCUCAGAACGAGCAAGGACAAGAACACAGCAGAGUUGCAGGGAAAAAUUUUGGUUUCGAGUACAGCAGACUUCCAAUCAAUCAUGAAGUGCAUUCUGACUCAAGAUUGCAGUAAGGACGAUGUGAGCAUGGUACAAGGUAGUUCUCGAAAACAAUUGGAUAUCACGACCCAAAAACUGAGGGCAAGGUUGGCAUGUGCAGCUUCACCACGAACGCCCCUUACGGCCACUCAAGCUACGGAGAUCAAUCACCCGAGGAUAAGAAGCGUCAAAUUCUGCGUUCCUCAUGACUUGCGGAUGUCAUUUGCCAUGAAAAUUAGCAAGACGCAGGAACAAAGGCAUCCAAAAGAUGGAACCUCAUCGAGAUUUCAGCAGGCUAUCCUAGGUCCUACUGCGAACAGGAAGAGAACCGUAAUGCAAAGUCAACGCAAGAAACCGUUGGUAUCAGUCGAAAACUGAGCAUGAAGAGGUUUGCGGAGUAACUUGAAGAUGAAGUUGCGAUGUUUCCGUAAUAUCUAGGUCAUAAAGACACUUCUUUGGUAGCCAAA